GAAAACCUUAUAAUAACGUUUUAUUUAUUUAUUCAUGAUUAAUAAAUAACCCAGAGCAUGGAACUAGGGAGAACAAGACAUGGUAAACAACUUUCAUCUCCGUAUUUCUUUCCUCGAUGUCCAGGCGGCCUCCCUCGCUCAGCUGAUCGGUUUCAAAAUGCCGCCGCCGGGAAACUCUAGCAGCAGGGGGGGCAGGAAGGAGAAGAAGGCGUCCCUGUUUGACAAGAUGAAGCAAUACUGUUCACUGGAGUUCCUGGUGAAGGUCGCAACGCACCCGUCCUAUUUCGGCCCAGUCUCGGUACUGUUCCUGCUGGCCGAGGUGGUGUUCAACGUCCUCAUCAUCCACAACAUCAAGUACACCGAGAUCGACUGGGUGGCGUACAUGCAGGAGGUGGAGGGCGUGGCUAAUGGCACCUGGGACUACACGCAGCUCAAGGGGGACACCGGCCCUCUGGUGUACCCGGCAGGCUUUGUUUACUUCUUCCUGGGCCUCUACCACAUCACCGGUCGCGGCACCAACAUCCGCCUGGCCCAGUACCUCUUCGCCGCCCUCUACAUCGUCCUCCUUGCGCUGGUCUUCAGGCUUUUCCAUAAGAGCCAAAAGCUACCACCCUAUGUGCUGUUGGUGCUGUGCUGUACCUCCUAUCGCGUCCACUCCAUCCUGGUGCUGCGGCUGUUCAACGACUCGGUGGCGAUGCUGUUCCUCUUUGGCGCCAUGAACCUCUUCAUCGAGAACCACUGGGUCAUGGCGAGUGUGGUCUACAGUCUGGCAGUGUCCGUCAAGAUGAACAUUCUGCUCUUCGCACCGGCACUGCUGCUGGCCUAUCUCCGCUGCCUCGGCCUCUGGGGCACCGUCAAGCAGCUCUCCAUAUGUGCCGUGGUCCAGCUGGCCCUCGGAGCGCCCUUCCUGCUGGCCAACCCCAUCGGCUACCUUAGGAUGGCCUUCGACCUUGGCCGCGUGUUUCUCUUCAAGUGGACGGUCAACUGGCGCUUCUUGCCGGAGGAGGUGUUCGUCAAUGUGUGGUUCCACCUGGCCCUGCUGGCACUCCACCUGGCACUCCUGGCACUCUUCGCCUACACACAUGCUGAUAAGUUCCUGACGAGCUACUGUAACCUGAUCCAAGUGGACACACGCCUCAACAUCAAGUCCCAGCUCUUCAUCCUGCCCAUGUUCCUCAGCAACUUCAUCGGUAUGGCCGCCAGCCGCUCCCUCCACUACCAGUUCUACGUCUGGUACUACCACACGCUGCCCUACCUCCUCUGGUCCACGCCGUACAACCUCUCCACCAGGUUCCUGGUGAUGGGUGUGAUAGAGCUGUGCUGGAACACCUACCCGUCAACCUGGUGGAGCUCGGCCCUGCUGCACAUCUGCCACCUGGCCAUCCUGGUGGGCGUGUACCUGGAGCGGCCCAAGGACAAAGGCUUAAAAAGGGUCCGCCAGAUGAUGGACAAGAAGGAAUAAUGCGGCAGAGAGGAGGAUGGAAAGGCUUGUGUUGGUCUUGUUGUUUUCUGUUUUGUUGUUAUUAUUUGUGAGAUUUAUGAGUGUGUGUGUGUGUGUGUGUGUGUGGGUGGGUGUGUGUGUGCAAGGCUAGAAUGGCAAUAAGUUGGUCUUGUUUUUAUGUUAAUGUGUGAGGUUUGAGUCUUGGAGGGGGGCUGUGUGUGUGUGUGUGUGUGUGUGUGUGUGUGUGUGUAAGGCCAGAAUUAAUAUGCAGGUCUUGUUUUCUAUUAUUAUUUCUAUUUUGUGAGGUUUAACUGUGUGUGUGUGUGUGUGUGUGUGUGUGUGUGUUGGGAGGCCUGAGUGUGAAGGCAGUUUGUAUGUAUGAAGGAUAGAUUAUCUUUUAGUUCUUUUUAUUCUUGUUUUGUGAGAUGUUACUCUGCGUGUAGGUGAAGGGGGAGGCUCUGAGUGAAGGCUGUCUGCGUGUGUGAAGAAUAAAUUGCCUCGUUUGUUUUUUAUUUUAAUUAUUGUAGAUUCAAGUAUGUGUGUGUGUGUGUGUGUUUGUGUUGGGUGGGUAUGGAUGGUGUUUGAAUGCUUUUGUUUUCUUUGUGUGUGUGUCUGUAUAUGUUAACCCAUCAUUGCCUCUAUUGAGUGCCUGAGGAGUCUACAUGGGCCAGGUUGUGCCAUACAGGGCCACCACCACCACCACCAUUACCAUCAUGCUGUUGUUACUUCAGUGCCUCACACCAUACAACACACUUAUCACUGCCACCAUCAUGUCACUGCUCGCUGCCACCACUGAGACUGAUGCCGACCACUGGGGCUAGACACUCUCCUCUUUAGUGAGACAUAGCAUGAAUGACACCAGCUAGUCAGGCUAUGAUGGCUUGGCUCGGUGACCCUGCUGAAGGCCACUCUAUCACCACUGUUAGCCUUGUUAAGAUGGAAGCCCAGGGAAUGGUGUGUGUAAAGAUUCACCACUUGACUCAGACCAGUAGCAUGAAUGAAGGACACUGGCCGGAUUGUGGUGACUUGACUGUGUGACCCUGCUGAGAGCCACUGCAAUGACACUGUUAGCUCUGGUAGAAUCACUGGCAUGGAUAGAAUGAAUAUCAAAAUGUUAGAAUCGGUGCAGAGGAGGAUGACUAAGAUGAUUCAGGGGUUGAGAAACUUGCCAUACGAGGAAAGACUCAAGCAGUUAAACUUGCAUUCUCUAGAA